UCAACAAUGCAAACACCACCAUGGGGCUCGCCGACUACCUCGCCAAAAACUACCUCUCGGCAGAUGCGAAGGCGUCCAAAAAGCGAAAGCGAAAAGACGCGGCGAAAGAGGCAGGCGUGACGAUAGCAGACGACGACGCGAGGGAAUGGACGAAUACGCCCCAAAAUGCUGAUGAAGAUGACGAAGCGCCUACAAUCUGGGGAGACACACUCGCCGGCGGUCUCAACAAGCCCGCGAAGAAAUCGAAAUGGAUCAGAGUUGGAACUUCCGCUCCCACCAGCGCAGAGCAGGCGAGCGCGGACGCUAUCCUAGCAGAGGCACAGGCGGAGUCCAAGGCGCGCGCUGAAGAGGAUAAUGAUGCACCGGCGAUAGUAGGGGAGGAUGAGGGGCCUACGAUGGCUUCAGGGGCCAUGGCGGGACUACAAACAGCCGAUCAGGUCACGGCGGCGUUGAAGAAGAAGGAAAAGGCGGAGCGCAAAGCGAUGCAAGCCGCGGGUCUGGAUCCCACGGGCAAAGCGCAGGAGACUAUCUACCGCGACGCUUCUGGACGCAUUAUCAACGUCGCUAUGAAGCGAGCGGAGGCGCGCGCGAAGGCAGAGGAGGAAGAGCGCAAGAAGGCGGAGGAGCUCGAGAGCAGGAAAGGCGAGGUGCAGAAGCGGGAGAAGGAAGCGCGGAAACAACAGCUGGACGAUGCCAAGGUCAUGUCUGUGGCGAGGUAUGCGGACGAUGAGAAGAUGAACGAGGAGUUGAAGGAGCGGGAGCGGUGGAAUGAUCCUAUGGCGCAGCUGAUUGCGAGCAAGAAGAGUAGCGGGACGACUGGGAAAGGAGGAAGGAAGAAGAAGGGUGGUGGCAAGACGUAUGUGGGAGCCUUCGAACCGAAUCGAUAUGGAAUCCGGCCGGGAUGGAGAUGGGAUGGCGUGGAUCGAAGCAAUGGGUUUGAGAGGAAGUGGUUUGCCGCGAGGAACAGGCAGCGGAAUCGUGAGGAACUCGAGUAUUCUUGGCAAAUAGAUGAAUGAAAGG